AUGUGUUUUGUCCUGGAUGGAGAGGCUCUCUUGGCCCCUCCCCCAGCCCCUCCCCCAGCUCCUCCCCCCUCUGUGACAUCACACUCCUCUCCUCAGUCGCCACGACGGUGGGUUCGGAGUUUGAUCCGUGUGCGGCUGCUGCAGGAGCCGGAGUGCACCUGUAAAUGGGAUCAGUCCUCUCAGCGCUGCCUUAAUUACAGCCUGAGCUCCACUCUCUCUCACAGCGACUCCACUCAGACCCCAGACCUCAGCCUCAGACCUCAGCCCAGACCUCAGCCCAGACCUCAGCCUCAGACCUCAGCCCAGACCUCAGCCUCAGACCUCAGCCUCAGACCUCAGCCUCAGACCUCAGCCUCAGACCUCAGCCUCAGACCUCAGCCUCAGACCUCAGCCCAGACCUCAGCCUCAGACCUCAGCCUCAGACCUCAGCCCCAGACCUCAGCCUCAGACCUCAGCCUCAGACCUCAGCCCAGACCUCAGUCCAGACCUCAGCCUCAGACCUCAGCCCCAGACCUCAGCCUCAGACCUCAGCCCAGACCUCAGCCUCAGACCUCAGCCUCAGACCUCAGCCUCAGACCUCAGCCUCAGACCUCAGCCCAGACCUCAGCCCAGACCUCAGCCUCAGACCUCAGCCUCAGACCUCAGCCUCAGACCUCAGCCUCAGACCUCAGCCUCAGACCUCAGCCUCAGACCUCAGCCUCAGACCUCAGCCUCAGACCUCAGCCCAGACCUCAGCCCAGACGUCAGCCUCAGACCUCAGCCUCAGACCUCAGCCCCAGACCUCAGCCUCAGACCUCAGCCCAGACCUCAGCCGAGACCUCAGCCCAGACCUCAGCCCCAGACCUCAGCCCAGACCUCAGCCCAGACCUCAGCCUCAGACCUCAGCCUCAGACCUCAGUCCAGACCUCAGCCUCAGACCUCAGCCCCAGACCUCAGCCCCAGACCUCAGCCUCAGACCUCAGCCUCAGACCUCAGCCGAGACCUCAGCCCAGACCUCAGCCUCAGACCUCAGCCCAGACCUCAGCCCAGACCUCAGCCUCAGACCUCAGCCUCAGACCUCAGCCUCAGACCUCAGUCCAUACCUCAGCCUCAGACCUCAGCCCCAGACCUCAGCCUCAGACCUCAGCCUCAGACCUCAGCCGAGACCUCAGCCCAGACCUCAGCCCCAGACCUCAGCCCAGACCUCAGCCCAGACCUCAGCCUCAGACCUCAGCCUCAGACCUCAGCCUCAGACCUCAGCCUCAGACCUCAGCCUCAGACCUCAGCCUCAGACCUCAGCCUCAGACCUCAGCCCAGACCUCAGCCUCAGACCUCAGCCUCAGACCUCAGCCUCAGACCUCAGCCUCAGACCUCAGCCUCAGACCUCAGCCUCAGACCUCAGCCUCAGACCUCAGCCUCAGACCUCAGCCUCAGACCUCAGCCUCAGACCUCAGCCUCAGACCUCAGCCCAGACCUCAGCCUCAGACCUCAGCCUCAGACCUCAGCCUCAGACCUCAGCCUAGACCUCAGCCUCAGACCUCAGCCGAGACCUCAGACCUCAGCCUCAGACCUCAGCCUCAGACCUCAGCCUCAGACCUCAGCCUCAGACCUCAGCCUCAGACCUCAGCAUCAGACCUCAGCCUCAGACCUCAGCCCAGACCUCAGCCCAGACCUCAGCCCAGACCUCAGCCUCAGACCUCAGCCUCAGACCUCAGACCUCAGCCUCAGACCUCAGCCUCAGACCUCAGCCUCAGACCUCAGCCUCAGACCUCAGCCUCAGACCUCAGCCCAGACCUCAGCCUCAGACCUCAGCCGAGACCUCAGCCCAGACCUCAGCCCCAGACCUCAGCCUCAGACCUCAGCCUCAGACCUCAGCCUCAGACCUCAGCCUCAGACCUCAGCCUCAGACCUCAGCCCAGACCUCAGCCCAGACCUCAGCCUCAGACCUCAGCCUCAGACCUCAGCCCCAGACCUCAGCCUCAGACCUCAGCCUCAGACCUCAGCCUCAGACCUCAGCCUCAGACCUCAGCCUCAGACCUCAGCCUCAGACCUCAGCCUCAGACCUCAGCCUCAGACCUCAGCCUCAGACCUCAGCCUCAGACCUCAGCCUCAGACCUCAGCCUCAGACCUCAGCCCAGACCUCAGCCCAGACCUCAGCCCAGACCUCAGCCCCAGACCUCAGCCUCAGACCUCAUCCUCAGACCUCAGCCCAGACCUCAGCCCCAGACCUCAGCCUCAGACCUCAGCCUCAGACCUCAGCCGCAGACCUCAGCCUCAGACCUCAGCCUCAGACCUCAGCCCAGACCUCAGCCCAGACCUCAGCCCAGACCUCAGCCUCAGACCUCAGCCUCAGACCUCAGCCUCAGACCUCAGCCCCAGACCUCAGCCUCAGACCUCAGCCCAGACCUCAGCCUCAGACCUCAGCCUCAGACCUCAGCCUCAGACCUCAGCCUCAGACCUCAGCCUCAGACCUCAGCCUCAGACCUCAGCCUCAGACCUCAGCCUCAGACCUCAGCCUCAGACCUCAUCCUCAGACCUCAUCCCAGGCCUCAGACCUCAGCCCAGACCUCAGCCUCAGACCUCAGCCUCAGACCUCAGCCUCAGACCUCAGCCUCAGACCUCAGCCUCAGACCUCAGCCUCAGACCUCAGCCGCAGACCUCAGCCUCAGACCUCAGCCUCAGACCUCAGCCUCAGACCUCAGCCUCAGACCUCAGCUGAGGUCUGAGACCUCAGCCUCAGACCUCAGCCUCAGACCUCAGCCUCAGACCUCAGCCUCAGACCUCAGCUCAGACCUCAGCCUCAGACCUCAGCCUCAGACCUCAGCCUCAGACCUCAGCCUCAGACCUCAGCCUCAGACCUCAGCCUCAGACCUCAGCCUCAGACCUCAGCCUCAGACCUCAGCCUCAGACCUCAGCCUCAGACCUCAGCCUCAGACCUCAGCCUCAGACCUCAGCCUCAGACCUCAGCCUCAGACCUCAGCCUCAGACCUCAGCCUCAGACCUCAGCCUCAGACCUCAGCCUCAGACCUCAGCCUCAGACCUCAGCCUCAGACCUCAGCCUCAGACCUCAGCCUCAGACCUCAGCCUCAGACCUCAGCCUCAGACCUCAGCCUCAGACCUCAGCCUCAGACCUCAGCCUCAGACCUCAGCCUCAGACCUCAGCCUCAGACCUCAGCCUCAGACCUCAGCCCAGACCUCAGCCCAGACCUCAGCCCAGACCUCAGCCCAGACCUCAGCCUCAGACCUCAGCCUCAGACCUCAGCCUCAGACCUCAGCCUCAGACCUCAGCCCCAGACCUCAGCCUCAGACCUCAGCCUCAGACCUCAGCCUCAGACCUCAGCCUCAGACCUCAGCCUCAGACCUCAGCCUCAGACCUCAGCCCAGACCUCAGCCUCAGACCUCAGCCUCAGACCUCAGCCCAGACCUCAGCUCAGACCUCAGCCCAGACCUCAGCCUCAGACCUCAGCCCAGACCUCAGCCUCAGACCUCAGCCUCAGACCUCAGCCUCAGACCUCAGCCUCAGACCUCAGCCGCAGACCUCAGCCUCAGACCUCAGCCUCAGACCUCAGCCUCAGACCUCAGCCUCAGACCUCAGCCGCAGACCUCAGCCUCAGACCUCAGCCUCAGACCUCAGCCUCAGACCUCAGCCUCAGACCUCAGCCUCAGACCUCAGCCUCAGACCUCAGCCUCAGACCUCAGCCUCAGACCUCAGCCUCAGACCUCAGCCUCAGACCUCAGCCUCAGACCUCAGCCUCAGACCUCAGCCUCAGACCUCAGCCUCAGACCUCAGCCUCAGACCUCAGCCUCAGACCUCAGCCUCAGACCUCAGCCUCAGACCUCAGCCUCAGACCUCAGCCUCAGACCUCAGCCUCAGACCUCAGCCUCAGACCUCAGCCUCAGACCUCAGCCUCAGACCUCAGCCUCCUCAACCUCAGCCUCAGACCUCAGCCUCAGACCUCAGCCUCAGACCUCAGCCGCAGACCUCAGCCCCAGACCUCAGCCUCAGACCUCAGCCCAGACCUCAGCCCAGACCUCAGCCCAGACCUCAGCCUCAGACCUCAGCCUCAGACCUCAGCCUCAGACCUCAGCCUCAGACCUCAGCCCCAGACCUCAGCUCAGACCUCAGCCUCAGACCUCAGCCUCAGACCUCAGCCUCAGACCUCAGCCUCAGACCUCAGCCUCAGACCUCAGCCUCAGACCUCAGCCCAGACCUCAGCCUCAGACCUCAGCCUCAGACCUCCCAGACCUCAGCCGAGACCUCAGCCUCAGACCUCAGCCUCAGACCUCAGCCUCAGACCUCAGCCGAGACCUCAGCCUCAGACCUCAGCCGCUGCAGCCAGGACAGGGCAUUGA